UGACCUGCUCAAAUACUCGCGUGAGAUACUGCGUGCAGCGGUGUUCGGGCUCGUCACAGAGAGCAUCACACACAGGACUUUUAUGAAUACCGGUAAGCAACAGAAGCCAGUGCUUACAGGCCAGAGGUUUAAGACCAGGAAAAGGGAUGAAAAGGAGAAGUUUGAGCCUACGGUUUUCCGAGACACGAUCGUUCAAGGCCUCAACGAAGCAGGUGGUGAUCUUGAUGCUGUAGCCAAGUUCCUGGAUGUCACUGGGUCGAGACUAGACUACCGUCGCUAUGCCGACACCCUGUUUGACAUCCUCAUCGCUGGGAGCAUGCUUGCUCCCGGGGGAACACGUAUCGACGACGGGGACAAGACCAAGGUGACAGAACAUUGUGUCUUCAAGGCCGAAGAAAACCACACUGCUGUUCGCAGCUAUGCUCAGGUGAAUACCCCACUUCACUGUGUUCAAUGA